GGAGAAGAUGAAGCCCUCCUGGGUGCCCUGGGUCUGGAUACCCCCAGUGGCGCUCCUGGACUUCUUCACCCUCCGCCUGGCAUGGCACCUGCUGAGGCUGCCCUGGUGGAGCCCCCUGGUGGCGUCCUGGGCCGCCGCCCUGGCACGGUGCCUGCUGCUGACCCUCUCGGCUUGUGCCGCCACCUGCUACGGGGGUCCCGGGGGCCUGGGGACCCUCCAAGACACCCUCCUGCCUGCAGCGCUCCUCCUCAGCUUCCUGGUCCCCUGCUACGCAACCUUGCAAUGCCUGUUUCUGUCUGAAGGGGUCGCCCUAGAGCUGGCGCACAGCUGGGCCCGGCCAGAUGUGUUUGCCCUCAGCUAUGUUGUUGUGGGGGCAUCGGCCCUGUUGUGGCACCACCUGGCCCCCCGCAGGAAGGGGGAGGUGGAGAAGAAACCUUCUGCGUCCUUUUGGCGCCUUGUCGCCACCAUGAGGCCAGAUGCCCUGAGGUUCGUGGCCAUUGCUGUGCUGCUGGUGGUCUCAUCCUUGGGGGAGAUGGCGAUCCCGUACUACACGGGUCAUGUGACCGACUGGAUCACCGGUGAGGCCGACCCCUCUGCCUUCGAGAGAGCUCUCUGGGUGAUGUCCGCCCUCACUAUUGGCAGCGCUCUGGCUGAGUUCCUGUGCGACUAUCUCUACAACACCACCAUGAACCACUUCCACACUCGCUUCCAGAGCAACGUCUUCAGAGCCGUCCUGCGACAGGAAGUCGGCUUCUUCCACGCUAACAAGACAGGGGACAUCACUUCCCGAGUGACAACUGACACGGACACCAUGAGCGAAGCCCUCAGCAGCGACCUCAGCCUGCUGAUGUGGUACCUGAUGCGAGGGGUCUUCCUCUAUGCGAUGAUGCUGUGGCUGUCGGUGCCCUUGACCCUCUUUGUCACGGUGGCCUUGCCCUUCAUCCUGCUGGUGCCAAAGCUCUCUGGGAAAUUUCACCAGAACCUGGCGCUGCAGGUCCAGGAGUCCCUAGCCAAGGCCAACGAAGUGGCCACAGAGACCUUCCAGGCCAUCUCCACCGUCCGCAGCUUUGCCAACGAGGAUGGCGCCGCUCGGCGCUACGACGAGAAGCUGCAGGAGACCUAUAAGCUGAACAAGUGGGAGGCCGUGGCCUACGCGGCCUCCAUGUGGACUAGCGACCUCUCCGGCCUGGCUCUGAAGGUGGGGAUUCUCUACUAUGGAGGGCGUCUGGUCACUUUGGGAAGCGUCAGCAGCGGGGAACUCGUUACGUUUGUCCUCUACGAAAUGGAGUUUUCCACAGCAGUGAGGGUCCUCCUCUCCGUUUCUCCACGUGUACAAAAAGCUGUGGGCUCCUCCGAGAAGCUUUUUGAGUACAUCGACCGGACACCCCAGAUUAGCUCUCCGGGGACGCUAACACCCCAGGAUCUUCAGGGGCACGUUUUGAUGCGAGACGUCUCGUUCUCCUACCCCAGGGAAGGCCCUCCUGUGCUGAAGGGAGUGUCCCUAGAACUGCGCCCUGGCACGGUGACGGCCCUGGUGGGCCCUUCGGGGUCAGGCAAGAGCACCCUUGUGGCUCUGCUGGAGCGGUUCUACGAGCCCCAGAGAGGGCAGGUGACCCUGGAUGGCAGAGAGCUGAGCAAAUACGACCACCGUUUCCUGCAUGAAAAGGUGGCGCUGGUGAGCCAAAGCCCGGUGCUCUUUGCUCGGUCUCUGCACAGGAACAUUGCUUACGGAUUGGGGGAGAAGAGCCGGGAGGAAGUGGAAGGGGUGGCCAGGCGAGUGGGAGCACAUCGAUUCAUUGCCAGGAUGAGCUGCGCUUAUGACACAGGUAGGGGGAGAACGGGGGGCCAGAUCUCCGGCGGCCAAAGGCAGGGGGUCGCCAUUGCCCGGGCUCUGAUCCGAGACCCCCGAGUGCUGAUCUUGGACGAUGCCACAAGUGCCCUCGACAUGGAGAGCCAGCAGCAGGUGGAGAAGGAGAUCUACGAAGGGGAGGCUCGCCACAGGCGCUCUGUCUUGCUCAUCUCCCACCGCCUGCGCAGCGUGGAGCGUGCCGACCGCAUCCUGGUCAUGGAAGAUGGGGAGAUCCAGGAAGAAGGGACCCACCUGGAGCUAAUGGAGAAGAGGGGCGUCUACUGGCAGUUGGUGCAGAGGCAGCAGAAUGGAGUUGAGGGCAACAACGAUGGCUUUGUUGACGUGGGACCACGAGCAUCUAUAGUGGGCUCAGAACUGACGGAGGAUCCCUGGUCUAGACCUCUGUGGUCACUGCCCAUCACUGCCCCCUUUUUGGCAGGAGGGAUGGGGAAAUGCCUGGCAUGUGCCCAAUCCACCAGCCUGCAGCUUGUCACCUCAGCCAAGGCAAAAGAUCUGAGGAGACAUCACCUUGCUAGGACCAAAGGUUCUCUGCUUUGCUGCAGAAGGUCCCGGGUUCAGUCCUCUUGUGAAUAGGUAAAAACACUCCCUUGUCUGAAACCAUGGAGACCUGCUGCUGCCCGCCAGUGUAAACAGUACUGAGAUUGAUGGGCCCAAUGCUCUGACUCCCAUAUGAGGCAGCUUCCUCAGCUCCUAAUCUCUCCGUGAGAAUAGUAAUCAUUAUUUCAAGGCAUCUCCUAUAUCUG